AUGGGUGCUACAGUGGUCGCGUGCAUGCUAUGGAAGCGACUGCCGCCCAGACGGCCAGGAGAAUCUUCAGGUACCUCAGGUGCGGCCGUAACUUCCUCUGUGGCUCCGGAGGAGGAACUGAGGGCGCAGGGGGCGGGCGGAGGGGGAGGGGGAAGCUCUAGCAAAGGCGGGGAGGACAGGGGGAAGGGAAAGGGGAAGGAGGCGGCAACGAGCGAGGCGGGUGGAAGAAGAGGGAGAGGGGGGCGGGUAGGGAGUGGAGAGGUAAGGGAGGGGGAUGGGGUGGAGGAAGAAGAGGAGAGAAGGGGGGAAGAGGGGGGAGAUGAGGAGGAGGAGGAGGAUAGGCGGCAGCAGCUGCGGCGGUUAAAAAAGGAGGAGCAGCAGAGGCAGCAGCAACAGCAGCAGGAGGCGGUGCGUGCAAAGGCCGAACCGCAGCAGCAACAGCAGGUCCGGCCCGAGCCUGACGAUCCAGGCUCGGGCGGAGGCACGGGGACGUUCGACAUCCAAAAGGUGGUCAGCUUUCCCCUGAAAGUCCUUGUAGACGCCACCAACACUUUCGCCUCGGGCAACCAUCUCGGGCAGGGUACCUACGGAAUGGUGUACAAGGCGAAAUUACCCUCCGGGGACGUGGUAGCGGUGAAAAGAGCCAAGGCGGACCGGAAGCAGGAUGCAGGGAAAUUCCGAAAGGAGAUUGAGCUGUUGUCUCGGGUCAGCCAUAAGAACCUGGUGCGACUAGUGGGGUACUGCAGGGAGGGAGGCGAGCAGCUGCUUGUCUAUGAGCCACAGCCGGCCCCCGCUGAACUGGACAGAGCGCCUGCUCAUUUCAGCGGGCACGGCGCGGGGACUAGCAUACCUGCACGAGGAGAUCAACGCCACAGCCGUCCGCCACUCAACUGGACAGAAAGACUCCUCAUAGCAGCAGGCACGGCGAGAGGCCUAGCAUACCUGCACGAGGAGAUCAACGUGCCCUUCAUCCACCGGGACGUGAAGCCCAGCAACAUCAUGAUCGACCGCCACGUGGUGGCUAAGAUCGCUGAUUUCGGCACGACCAAGCCCAUGACUCCGGAAGAGCUGAGGAAGAUGUCAGUCACCAUCCAAGGCACCGCUGGCUACUGCGACCCGGACUAUCUGCGCACGGGGCACUCCUCGAAGCGCAUCGACGUGUACUCGCUCGGCAUCGUGCUACUUGAACUGCUCACCGGCAAGGGGCCGCACAAAGUCAACCGCCCCUACCGAUUCGAUGUGAAGGAUCGGUUUGACAGAGGGGGUUUACCAUCCAUAGUGGACCCAACCAUGGGCCUUUACCCUGCAGACGAGCUGCACCACGUGUUCGACCUCGCCCUUCGCUGCACCGACAUCCAGAACCCUGCCGCCCGCCCCUCUAUGUCCCGAGUUGUGGCUGAGCUAGAGGCUGUUCUUGAGCCGGAGGCGAUUUCGCGCUUCAUUUCCUCCGGACCUCCGUCCCACGGCUCGGCGGACUUCCGUACCGCGCCGUCAGGCUCGGGAGCUGGUUCGGGUGGGGCGGGGCUGACGCGGUUUGCGGGAACUGGGAAGCAGGUGGGGCAGGGUGGUGGAGAAGGGGAGGCAGGUUCGGUGGCGGCAGGCUCGGGGGUAGCAGGUAUGGCAGUGGGAGGUACGGCAGGUGCAGCAUUGGCUGCAGCAAUCAGUUCUGCCUCUCCCUCUCGUGCUGAUGAUGCUGAACCUCCUAACUCUCCCAACCGCUCUCAGCCGCAACCUACCCCUCAUUCUGAUGCGCCUCUCCCUCCUCCCUCCUCGAAAAGAACGCCGGGACCCCCAGCAUACAAGGGCAGAGCAGCAGGGGCAGCAGGAGCAGCAGCAGGAGCUGCUGAAGCUACUGGUGGGGAUAUUCGGGGUGUGAGAGAUAGAGACCAUGAUGGUGCCUAUGCUCCAACAGGCCAAAUUGAUCCAAGAAGCACUGGCAGAGCUUAUGUUGUGAGUCCUGAUGUAGGCAUGCAGAUGAAACCUGCACCAGUUGCCGCUUUCCGAGGGGUAUCGGCUGCAGCGGGGAUAGGAGCAACCGGAGCGGGUGUGGCUGGUGGAAACGCAGGUGGAAUUGGUGGUGGCAGUGGUGUUGUUGCUCCAUCUGGUCAAGACUACAGAUCGGGAGAGAGAUUUGUGGAGGGAGGAGGUGGAGAUGGAGGUGAGAGGGAUGGAGAGGGGUUUGAGGAGGGUUUGGAUGGGUCGUUUGAUUCUAGCGGGUUUGAUCGCAGCGGGGUGUUCAGUUAUGGAGCCAUGCCGCCGGCUUAG